CAUAGCUGCUAUCUGCUUGCUGCUUUCGUUGCUGAAAUGCAUCCCCAUCAGCGUACGCAUUAGAGUAUGGGAGCCGUCUGCACAAAGGCUGGGCGAGAGGAGGCAGCUUUCCUAAAAGCUGCAAAGGAUGGGGACUGCCAAGAGGUUCAACGGGCAAUUCUGCGUCACGUUGAUUGGACUUACAAGACCCAAACAUGGAACGGCCAAACUGUGUUUCACUUAGCAGCUCGGCAUGGGCGGCUAGACGUCUUGGAUACCGUUGUGGAGGCGGUGCGGUUCAAUCCUGCCGGACCAGCAGUAUGGGAGAAGCUCCUGCGGUUAGGUCGCUCCACGGACGCCAUCCUGCGCUCCCUGGUGUGCAUGCGGGACGCGCGCUGCCAAACGGCGCUGCACCUCGCCUGCAUCUACGGCCACGCGGAUGUGGCGGAGCAGCUGCUGCGGCUGGGGGCCACGCCCUGGUGCUGGGAUGACAUUGGCGGCCGCUCUCCGCUGCACUACGCCGCCUCCAUGGGCCACGUGGACGUCAUCCGGGCGGUGCUGUCGCACAACUGCCCGCAGCCCGGCGGCACGGAGCCGGGGGACAGCCUGAGGCCGCCCAACAGCGGCAGGACACGCCUGGUGGACGUGUCCAACGACGCGGGCUACACGCCGCUGCACUACGCGGUGUGGGCGGGCAACACCGCCGCCAUCCGCGCGCUGACCUCGUUUGACGCCUCGCUGUCGGCACGCAACGUGGCGUCGGGGAACGACUGGAUUGUGUCGUGCGCCAAGUGCACUCCGCUGCACCUGGCGGCGCACAAGGGCAGUGUGGAGAUUGUGAAGAUGCUGCUGUCGGCGUAUGUACAAGGCCUGGCGCCCACCACCGCCGCCGGCACCGUCAACCCAUCAGACCGCCGCCGCCGCGACCCCCGCCGCCACGUCAACGCCAACCGCCAACUGCCGUACCACAUGGCAAUCGCCCGCGGCUUCACAGAGCUAGCAGAGGUGCUGCACCCUGAUGUGCCGCUCUCCUUCAUCCUCACGCCAGCUGACCUGGAGGCCACACAACGACUGUACGGUCCUCCCCGACUUGCCGUACUCGCCGCCAAAGCGCUGCAGGCGAAGCUGGUGGCGGAGAUCGAGGCCUCCAUGGCCGCUGUAAAGACGACGGCGGCGCGGUCAGGCAGUGUUGCCAUUGCGGGCGCAACCCGUACGCGGUCCGGAUCCCUGGCUGCGUUGUCAGGUGCCGUCGCCGCGGCGGCGGUGGCGGCGGGUCCGUCCGCUGCGACGGCGCAGCAGGUGCUGGCGGCGGCGGCUGCCAAGCUGCGGGAACGGUCGAUUGACGCGGGGUCGGGUACAGCGACGCCCGGGGCGGCGGUGGAUAGCCCGGCGGCGGCGGGCGGGGUUCGCCCACCCUCACGUAACGCUGCUGCAGCGGCGGCGGCGGCGGCGGCUUUGUUGUUGCCUUCCGGGCUGCAAGCCCAAAGCGGGGAAGCUCUGAGGAUGCGGUCGACGCGUCCAUCUCUUGACAGUGCGGCAGCGGCAGUCGUUGCAGCGGCGGCCGUGGCGGCGGCCGCAGCCGGCAAGACCGCAUCCGUUACGGGGCCUUCUGGCGUUUCUGCGGCCGCUAAGACGCCAUCUGUGACGGGCGUGAACGGCGGCAGCGUUACCGCAGGCGCGGCCUCCACUGGCGCUGCUGCCGCCGCUGCUGCUGCUACCGCUGCUGCUCCUGCCGGCGCCAGCGCGCCGGCUAGGGGCACGCUCGUCCCCCCGAGGAUGGCGUUGCCCGCUGCGCCGGUAUCGCACGGGUCGUCCGGCGGGUCGGAUCACGAGGCCCUUGCGGUAGAGCCGCUGCAGGACGUUCCCGUGGCUCGCUCCGUCCCCGCACGCCAAGCCUCGCUGCCCGUCCCACCCGCCCCCAUCUCGCCCUUCCUCCCUACUUCACCAACCGCCGGCGCCGCAGGCGCCGCCGCCGGCGCGCCCACCCAUACUUUCAACCAAGCCGCUUCCGCCUUUGCGAUGUUCGCUGCCGAGCCCUUCGAUGAGGACUUUGCUGUGCGCGCCGGCCAGCAGCUGCACCUGGACGGCACCGCCUCCGUCAACCUAGC